AUGGCUGACCGUCGUCCAGAAGAACCAGAAAUGUCUCGAGCGAAGCGUCCAAGAACCGAUGAUACGGAUCCUAAGGCGAAUCCGUAUCUGGCGCAUAUGUAUAAGGAAGAAAGUAAUGGUUGGGGCAAUGGUUCGAAUGGUGCUGGAUCUGGACUUUCGAAAUUCAUACGCCAUGAAACAACUGCUGCACAGGCUCAUGAAGCUGAAGAUGGACCUUCGAAUCCUUUUAAUGAGAGGCCUCUUUCCAAACAGUAUUUCAAUAUCUUGAAAACCAGAAGAGAUUUACCUGUUCACAAGCAGAGACAGGAAUUCCUUAAUAUGUUCCAUAAGACUCAAAUUCUGGUCUUCGUCGGUGAAACCGGUUCUGGUAAAACAACACAGAUUCCUCAAUUCGUCCUAUACGAUGAUCUCCCCCACCUCAGUGGCAAGCUUGUCGCAUGUACACAACCUCGUCGAGUAGCAGCUAUGUCAGUAGCGCAGCGUGUGGCGAACGAAAUGGAUGUCAAAUUGGGAGAUGAAGUUGGAUACAGUAUUCGUUUCGAGGAUGUGACGAGUUCGAAAACCAUACUUAAAUAUAUGACUGAUGGUAUGCUUCUGAGAGAGGCUAUGCAUGAUCACAAUUUGACAAGGUAUAGCUGCAUCAUUCUUGAUGAAGCUCACGAACGUACUUUGGCUACAGAUAUCUUGAUGGGUUUGUUAAAAGAGGUGGCACUUAGACGACCAGAUCUCAAGAUUGUUAUUAUGUCCGCUACACUUGAUGCGCAAAAGUUCCAGAAAUACUUCAACGAUGCUCCGCUCCUAGCAGUACCUGGACGAACAUAUCCAGUCGAAAUCUUUUAUACACCAGAGCCUGAGAGAGAUUAUGUCGAGGCAGCGCUCAGAACAGUUCUGCAGAUCCACGCCACCGAAGGUGAGGGAGAUAUCUUGUUGUUCUUGACUGGUGAAGAGGAAAUUGAAGACGCAUGUCGGAAGAUAUCUUUGGAAGCAGAUGAGAUGAUUAGAGAAGCAGACGCAGGCCCAUUGAAGGUAUAUCCACUUUACGGUACCUUGCCGCCGGCACAACAACAGAGAAUUUUCGACGCAGCACCGCAACCAUUAAGGCCUGGUGGACGUCCCGGACGAAAGGUCAUUGUAGGAACGAAUAUCGCUGAAACAUCUUUGACAAUUGAUGGUAUCGUUUACGUGGUUGAUCCCGGCUUCAGCAAACAGAAGGUCUACAAUCCUAGAAUUCGAGUCGAAUCCCUGCUUGUUUCACCUAUCUCGAAAGCAUCUGCGCAACAGCGAGCUGGUCGUGCUGGUCGUACUAGACCCGGUAAAUGUUUCAGAUUAUACACCGAGGCAGCUUUCAAGAAGGAACUCAUCGAACAAACAUAUCCUGAAAUUCUUCGAUCGAAUCUGGCAAACACCGUCUUAGAAUUGAAGAAACUUGGCAUUGAUGAUUUGGUACAUUUUGAUCUCAUGGAUCCUCCAGCUCCAGAAACACUCAUGCGAGCACUUGAGGAACUCAAUUACCUCGCCUGUCUUGACGAUGAUGGAAAUCUCACACAACUUGGCAAACUUGCCUCGGAAUUUCCUCUUGAUCCAGCCCUCGCCGUAAUGCUUAUCUCUUCCCCAGAGUUUUACUGCUCCAACGAAAUUCUCUCUCUUACUGCCCUCCUCUCCGUUCCUCAGAUAUUCGUCCGUCCCGCCUCGUCUAGAAAACGCGCCGAUGAGAUGAAAGAUCUCUUCGCUCACCCCGAUGGAGAUCACCUUACCAUGCUCAACGUCUACCAUGCCUUCAAAGGCGAGAGUGCUCAGGCCGAUCCCAAAGGCUGGUGCCACGAACAUUUCCUCUCUCUCCGAGCCCUUCAAUCAGCUGAUAACGUCCGCCAACAACUGAAGCGCAUUAUGGAAAAGUCCGAUCUCGAACUCGUAUCGACAGAUUUCAAUGAUAAAUCUUACUAUACCAAUAUCCGUCGUGCACUCGUAGCAGGCUUCUUCAUGCAAGUUGCGAAGAAGGAAGCGACGGGUAAGACAUAUAUGACGGUCAAGGAUGAUCAGAGUGUAUUGCUGCAUCCUAGUACGGUGCUGAAACAGGAUGCCGAGUGGGUGUUGUAUAAUGAGUUUGUGCUCACGACGAAGAAUUAUGUGAGGAGUGUGACGGCGAUCAGACCUGAGUGGUUAAUGGACAUCGCGCCAACAUACUACGAUAUUUCAUCAUUCGGCAAAGGAGAAAUCAAGACGGCGUUGAUACGGGCACAGGAUAAAAUCAAGAGGAAGCAGUCUAUGAAGGGUGGGAGAUAA